AUGCUUCUCCAACGUUGGACCAACCCGCGCUAUCGCGAACUUUACCUCUUCGGGAUGGGAAGUCGUGAAUACAAUGAGUUCAUUUGUGGCUAUACUUGCGGCGAGUAUGUAGGAAAACAACAAUUUCAAUUCAUUCUUGGGUUCUCAGUCCUCGUGAAUACACCCACCAUCAUUCUUUAUCCUUCUAACUCUCAUUCUCUGAGUCUAUUGACCCCAUCAGCCCCACCCCAAUGCACAAAUUCCGUCGAAAAUGGACCGACACCAUUUCUCAAAUCCAAAAAGAUGAAAAUCUCACGCGUGCAAGAUAUGGCCUUUUCCGAGGUGCCAGGGUAUUACCAGGAGCCAGUGGUAAAUACAUCAUCAGCAAGUUUCCAAUCAUCCACUGGCUCCCAAAUUACUCCCAAAAUGGCUGUUUCCCGAUGUUGUAGCGGGGAUUACAGUGGGCCUUCUAUUGAUUCCCCAGGCGUUGGCAUAUGCGGCUUUAACGAAGAUUCCAUUGCAAGACAGGCUGUUGGCGAGUUGGUCGCCGGGAGUUCUGUAUGUUGUGAUGGGGACUACGAAAGGUGAGAGUACAAGCUACCAACCAGUGUAUUUCCGAGGGGGAGAUGUUACUUCGUGACUUGGAAAAGAUGUCAGUACCGGCCCAACCUCAAUCAUUGAUCUUCUUACAGGUUAAAUCGUCAUCGAGCUCGCGGAUAGAGUGAACGCUGCAACGACAGCAUCUACCAUCGCCUUCUCAAUCGGGAUUAUAUGUCUUCUUACAGGCCCCCUGAAGCUUGGUUGGCUCUUGAAUUUCGUCUCGAAUCCUGUGCUGACGGGAUUCAUUACUGGGGCUUCGAUUAUCAUUAUUACAGGUUAG